AUGAUUGUGACUUUAGUCAUUUUGGCGUUUGCCAACAGAUGUUAUGGGACUUUCACAAUCGAUAAUUUACAACCAAUGUCCAGUGAUUUGGUCGAUGCUGCUAGUGAAAUAAUUUCCAAUCAUUUCAAAUCGAAUGCGGUCACAAUAAAUUUCAUUUCCGCAUUGACAAAUGAAACCAAGUGUGAACGAAGUUUUUUGAUAAAUAAUCUCAUUGCACAAUGCGAUGUUGUUUUUGUUGAGGAUAUUGAUGUUAUUACUAAACGUCAUCGACUUUAUAACGUGAUAUUUAUCGAUACCUUCCAAUCAUUUCUUCGUUUGUUUCGUCGUUUGACGUCCAAAUAUUUCGUGAUUGAUGGAUAUUUCUUGAUGAUUUUUAUCAAUGGACCAAUUGAUGAACUGGGGGAAAUCACGAAGAGUUUGUGGAAUAACUUUAUCUUCAACGUAGCCUUCUUAGCACAGACUGAAUAUGAACUGAAUAUCUCGACAUUUAUACCCUUCUCAAAACCAAAAUGUGAUAAUGAAAAUUGCAUUCAAAACUGUGGCGACACAAAGCCCGUAGUCAUCGACGUUUUCAACAAAACUUUCACCAAGAACAAAGAUUUCUUUCCUAACAAAAUGGAAAAUUUUUUCAACUGUCCAGUUAAAGUCGUGACAUUUAACUGUCCACCAAUGAUGAUGAUAAAGUACGAUGAAGAUAAAAACUUCGACUUCAAAGGACCCGAUGGCGAAAUGUUGAAACUUUUAUCAAAAAAGCUCAAUUUCAAAAUUGAUCUUAUUCAUAUUUCUGAUUUGAUAAGAUGGGGAGCUUUGUACGAAAACGGAACUUCAAAAGGUGCCAUAGCCAUGGUCAUAAACAAAGAAGCUGAUUUGACACUGGGAAUGUACACGAUAACUUAUCUCCGUACCCGUUUUAUGACCAGUUCUCAUUUAUAUUAUUCAGUCCCAUUCAUCGUAAUUGUUCCGCCUGGAGCUCCGCUUUCUCCUUUCGAGAAGCUUUUCAGACCUUUUCAAAUUGAUGUAUGGACUUUACUUCUCAUAACUUUUGCUACAGCUGUUGGUGUAGUUACGUUUGUUAAAUUUCAAUCGCCUAGAGUAAGAAAUUUUGUAUUUGGAGCUGGCAAUAGAUCACCAUAUUUGAAUAUUUUGAAUGCUUUUGUGGGUGGUUCGUUGACGAGCAUGCCGACGAAAAAUUUUGCAAGAACUCUUCUCAUGAUGUUUUUUCUAUUUUCAAUUGUAAAGAGAACAUUAUAUCAAGGUGCGCUCUUUCAAUUUCUACAAUCAGAUGAUAGAAGUAAGGAAGUUCAAUCAAUUGAUGAGUUAGUUGAAGAGGAUUUUGAUGUAUAUAUGAUGGCGUCAUCACUCGAACAUACUCAGAAUAUGAAGUUUCGUGAUCAACGAGUCGUAGUAACAGGAACGGUAUUGGAAGAACGCAAGCGAGAGACUUCAAAUCCUAGAUCAAAGUUUGCCGUAACGAGUUCAUUCGAACAAAUUUUAUAUUUCAAUAAGAUGAACUACAAGACUAUGACGUUAACUGUGUGCAAAGAAUAUUUGUUCACAUUUCAAUAUGGAAUUUAUAUGAGAAAAAAUUCUUAUCUUGAACAGGCAUUUAACAAACAAAUCAGCAGUUACAAAACGAGCGGACUCAUUGAUUUCUGGGCAUCGUUUUUCAUCGACAUGAAGUUUUUCAACAUGAAAAUGAGUUAUGAUGGUCCGAGAAAAUUAAGCAUUGAACAAUUGUUGGGUGGAUUUGAACUUCUUUUCUUUGGAUAUGUUAUUGGAUUCAUCAUUUAUAUUUUCGAGAUUUUAUCGAAACGAAUGCGUCUUCGACGAUUGCAAAGAAUAAUUGAGUUCUUCACUUAA